AUGGAAAAAAUCAUAAAAGUUGAGAUUAUAUCAAGAGAUAUUGUAAAGCCAUCAUCUCCAACUCCCACUCAUCUUAAAAAUUACAACCUUUGUCUUUUGGAUCAAUUCUAUCCCGAAUUCCAUUGUGGCAUAAUCCUUUUCUACUCCUCACCACAAACUAAUUACCACCAAAACGACAACCAAAACUAUUGUCGUACACUCAAGAAUUCAUUGGCUGAUACCUUAACCGACUUUUACCCCAUAGCUGGUAGAUUCAAAGACACGUCAUCAAUCGAUUGCAACGACCAAGGCGCUUGUGUCGUUCAAGCCAAAAUCAACUCCAGCCUAUCUAACUUUCUCGGCGGCUUGAGCCAGCCGAGCUGUAGUAAUAGUGUCCAGAAAAAUUUGAAGAUGUUUAUACCGAGUUUGGAUUCUGUAACAAUGGAAUCGGCUUCGAGUUCCAUUCUUAUCGCUCAACUCACUGAGUUCGAAUGUGGUGGAAUCGCGAUCUGCUUCUCCCUCAUGCACCGGUUCUGCGAUCUUGCAUCGGUCGUCGUUUUUCUCAGAUCUCCAGAGAAAAGAAGAUGA